CAGAAAUAAAAAUAAAAUAAUGAAUAAUUAUUUGUGUGUAUCAGUUGCUAAAGCAUUUUAUGUGUACAAAAUAUAUUGUACUGCAGUAUUGUGAAAUUGUAAUGUAUUUUAGAAUGAUAUUAUUUUCAUAUAUAUGUAUAGUUAGUAUACUAGAAUUUGUCGUCACCGUACAAGCAGAUACAAGACCAAUAUUAAAUAAUAAUGAAUUAUCGUUGUCCCUUUCAAAUGAGCAAGUUACCGAAUAUAAUUAUGAAAGAACUAUUCAAUCAGCUGCAACUAAAAAUAAUCAAGAUCAUUCCAUUACAACAAAUAUAAAUACUGAGUUCGUACAAAACAUACAUUCAAGCAACGAACUGGAUCUAAAUGUUGCAGAUUCUUCUGAUUUAAAUUCUGCAUUAAAUAUGGAUAGAGUGUCAGAAAUGAAUAUGUUAAAUAAUAACGAAGCCUCAAUUAAUAAUGAUUACAGGGCGCAGAUGAGUACUCUUGAAAUCUCAAAUACAGAAGUAAAAACAGAAGGAGAUACUGGUUUCAUGAGUCCAAAUGGAGUGAAAGAUUCUCCAAAUUAUAAUAAUCCAAAUGGAGACUUAACAUAUAAGCAGGAUAGACACAUUUAUGAUUCUAACGGAAACAAGAUAAGUGAUACUAGUAUUAUGAAUAAUUACCAAUCACCAAGCGGAUAUUACGGAUACAGUUCCCAAAAUAUAGCUGAUGUAAAAGGGGGAACUCCAACUACAGCAACAUCAUCACCUGGCUCAAAUGGUUCUCCAUCAAGUGCGACUCCUACUUCCCCCAGCGGAAAUUUAAAUACUGCUCCCGAUAGUAAACAAAAACCAGCAGCUCCAUCAACCACAACGCCGACCUCAAAUUCGAAUGGUUCUCCGUCCAGUUCUUCUCCAAAGUCUCCGACUGGUGAUUCAACAGGCAAACCAAAUGGACAAGAUUAUGAUUAUAAUGGAAACAAGAUAAGUGAUACUAGUAUUAUGAAUAAUUACCAAUCAUCAAGCGGAUAUUACGGAUACAUUUCCCAAAAUAGAGCUGAUGUAAAUGGAGGAACUCCAACUACAGCAACAUCAUCACCUGGCUCAAAUGGUUCUCCAUCAAAUGCGACUCCUACUUCCCCCAGCGGAAAUUUAAAUAGUGCUCCCGAUAGUAAACAAAAACCAGCAGCUCCAUCAACCACAACGCCGACCUCAAAUUCGAAUGGUUCUCCGUCUAGUUCUUCUCCAAAGUCUCCGACUGGUGAUUCAACAGGCAAACCAAAUGGACAAGAUUAUGAUUAUAAUGGAAACAAGAUAAGUGAUACUAGUAUUAUGAAUAACUACCAAUCAUCAAGCGGAUAUUACGGAUACAUUUCCCAAAAUAGAGCUGAUGUAAAUGGAGGAACUCCAACUACAGCAACAUCAUCACCUGGCUCAAAUGGUUCUCCAUCAAGUGCGACUCCUACUUCCCCCAGUGGAAAUUUAAAUAGUGCUCCCGAUAGUAAACAAAAACCAGCAGCUCCAUCAACCACAACGCCGACCUCAAAUUCGAAUGGUUUUCCGUCUAGUUCUUCUCCAAAGUCUCCGACUGGUGAUUCAACAGGCAAACCAAAUGGACAAGAUUAUGAUUAUAAUGGAAACAAGAUAAGUGAUACUAGUAUUAUGAAUAAUUACCAAUCAUCAAGCGGAUAUUACGGAUACAUUUCCCAAAAUAGAGCUGAUGUAAAUGGAGGAACUCCAACUACAGCAACAUCAUCACCUGGCUCAAAUGGUUCUCCAUCAAGUGCGACUCCUACUUCCCCCAGCGGAAAUUUAAAUAGUGCUCCCGAUAGUAAACAAAAACCAGCAGCUCCAUCAACCACAACGCCGACCUCAAAUUCGAAUGGUUCUCCGUCUAGUUCUUCUCCAAAGUCUCCGACUGGUGAUUCAACAGGCAAACCAAAUGGACAAGAUUAUGAUUAUAAUGGAAACAAGAUAAGUGAUACUAGUAUUAUGAAUAAUUACCAAUCAUCAAGCGGAAAUUACGGAUACAUUUCCCAAAAUAGAGCUGAUGUAAAUGGAGGAACUCCAACUACAGCAACAUCAUCACCUGGCUCAAAUGGUUCUCCAUCAAGUGCGACUCCUACUUCCCCCAGCGGAAAUUUAAAUACUGCUCCCGAUAGUAAACAAAAACCAGCAGCUCCAUCAACCACAACGCCGACCUCAAAUUCGAAUGGUUCUCCGUCUAGUUCUUCUCCAAAGUCUCCGACCGGAGAUUCAACAAGCAAACCAAAUGGACAAGAUUAUGAUUCUAAUGGAAACAAGAUAAGUGAUACUAGUAUUAUGAAUAAUUACCAAUCAUCAAGCGGAUAUUACGGAUACAGUUCCCAAAAUAGAGCUGAUGUAAAUGGAGGAACUCCAACUACAGCAACAUCAUCACCUGGCUCAAAUGGUUCUCCAUCAAGUGCGACUCCUACUUCCCCCAGCGGAAAUUUAAAUACUGCUCCCGAUAGUAAACAAAAACCAGCAGCUCCAUCAACCACAACGCCGACCUCAAAUUCGAAUGGUUCUCCGUCUAGUUCUUCUCCAAAGUCUCCGACUGGUGAUUCAACAGGCAAACCAAAUGGACAAGAUUAUGAUUAUAAUGGAAACAAGAUAAGUGAUACUAGUAUUAUGAAUAAUUACCAAUCAUCAAGCGGAUAUUACGGAUACAUUUCCCAAAAUAGAGCUGAUGUAAAUGGAGGAACUCCAACUACAGCAACAUCAUCACCUGGCUCAAAUGGUUCUCCAUCAAGUGCGACUCCUACUUCCCCCAGCGGAAAUUUAAAUAGUGCUCCCGAUAGUAAACAAAAACCAGCAGCUCCAUCAACCACAACGCCGACCUCAAAUUCGAAUGGUUCUCCGUCUAGUUCUUCUCCAAAGUCUCCGACCGGAGAUUCAACAAGCAAACCAAAUGGACAAGAUUAUGAUUCUAAUGGAAACAAGAUAAGUGAUACUAGUAUUAUGAAUAAUUACCAAUCAUCAAGCGGAUAUUACGGAUACAGUUCCCAAAAUAGAGCUGAUGUAAAUGGAGGAACUCCAACUACAGCAACAUCAUCACCUGGCUCAAAUGGUUCUCCAUCAAGUGCGACUCCUACUUCCCCCAGCGGAAAUUUAAAUACUGCUCCCGAUAGUAAACAAAAACCAGCAGCUCCAUCAACCACAACGCCGACCUCAAAUUCAAAUGGUUCUCCGUCUAGUUCUUCUCCAAAGUCUCCGACCGGAGAUUCAACAAGCAAACCAAAUGGACAAGAUUAUGAUUCUAAUGGAAACAAGUUAAGUGAUAACAGUUUUAUGAACAGUUAUCAAACAUCAAAUUAUUACGGAUCUAUUCAAAAUACAGCAGAUCAAGAUACCAGUUAUAAUUAUCCACCAGAAAUGAGUGAAUAUUUAAAUAAUCUACUAUUACAAAAUUCAGUCUCAUCUUUCAAUUUACAAAAUACUGCUACACCAGAUCAGUUUGGUAUCAUUCCUAGUAGUUCACUAAUUAUGCCAAAUGGAAAUUCAAAAGGUUCAUUGAAUAGCGGAGGUACAGGAUUGAAUACUCCAACAGAUAUGAAUGGCUCACCAAAUACAGUAGAUCAGACUCUAACUGCGACUGAAUAUUCAAGUUUGGGUUCAGAAACGUAUGGAUCCUCGAAUUUUGAUAUUGAUUAUGAUUUGCGUAAUAUGGAUGCAGUUGAGGUUUCUAACGAUGGUCAAUUAAACAUGGAUGUUAGGUAUAUUUCUGAUAAUUAUGAUGAUGUAAAUAAUGGUGGAUAUAAUAUGCCUCUUUUAAACGAAAAUGGGGAUAUUUAUAAUAACUAUUUGUAUGCGGAUAAUUCUGUUAAGACUGUACGGAGUUUAAAUAGUAAUUUCGACACCCAAAAUGAUAAUAAUUAUGUUGAUGGUUAUAUUGGAAAUGUCCCGUUUGAUGAUGGUAAUAUGCAAGAACCUUCCUAUGAACCAUAUGCAUCUAAUUUGAAUGCUAGGUAUGAAAGUAGUCAACUGAAGUAUGGAUUAAAUCAGAAUCCCCCACCUUUCAGAGGCUAUCCAUACAUGGGAAAUGAUAUUGCACCCUUUGACACCAAUAUUUACCCUGAUACCAGUCCUCAAAUGUCUGUUAUGAAUUCUGACCUUUAUAACUAUAACAACAUAGAUGGCAUUGAAUAUGAUCAAACUAAAAUUGGAAUAGAUGAAUCCAGUCCUGAAAAUAUUCAAUUAAGUAUGAGUGAUUUGAAUACAUUUUCAAGUACCCAAAUGUCACAAGCAACUGACAGUUUUAUAGAUACAGAUUUGCCAUCUGAUCGUCUGAUAUAUGACUUUGUUGAUGCCGAUAAUAGAGAUUUAGUGACCAUUGAUUCAAAUUACAUAGGUCAAGUAAAUGAAAACAAUAUGUAUAAUGGUCAAGGUUUAAAUGGUUAUAAUAAUAUGCAAUCAAUAAAUGUUCCAGAAUACAACCAAUUUAAUGGUGAUUAUACUUCAACUUAUUUAAGUAAUUUAGGUACUUUUGAAACCAGUUCUUCAAACACAGGAACCGAUGCUGCUGUAGAUGGUCCCGAAGGACCAUACCUAACACCACAGCUAUUGAAUUCUAAGUAUGAUUUACCUCAUAGUAGUGAUUUAAAUAAACUAAGUUCUGAUUCAAAUAGUUUGAUAAUUGAUAAUGUUCAAUUUAAUGGAUACUUGUAUGGUAAAACUGAUACCGAAAAUGUUAAUACUCAAGUAGAAGGUUCUGCUGCAAUUAAUUCUAUUGGUUCUCCAAUGAAAGCUGUAGAUAAUCGUUUUAAGUCUAUUCAAACUACAGUUUUAAGCAAAAAUAAUGAAUUAGACGCUGUUCAAAAUGUGUAUGGUGCUAAUGGACAGGUUAUUGGAAGAAUCUAUAAGCCUUCUGGUAUUGUUAAAACUAAAAAUCGAAAUAAAUAUAGUGGAAGUAGUAGUUACAGCAGUCCCAAUGAUAGUGAGUUUUCUGAUGAUAUGCAUGCGAUUGGACACGACAUUAAACGAGCUGCUCGUGAUGCAAUAGGUAAUGUACAUGAUAAUAUAAAGGAUGCCUAUGACACUACGAAAGCUGUUGGAAAAGCCGUUGGAAAUAUUGCAGGAAACGCUGCCAGUAAAGUUGCAGAUGGUGUUAGUGAAGCUGCUGAUGAUGUUGAAGAAACUGCCAAAACUGCAUAUCAAGGUACAAAGGAUGCUGCAAAAAGCGUAGGAAAUGCUGUUGGUGAAGCUGCUAAUGAUGUUGGAGAAACUGCCAAAACUGCAUAUCAAGAUUCAAAGGAUGUUGUGAACGCCAUAGAAAAUGCUGUUAGUGAUGCUUCAGAUGAUGUAGAAGAAACAACUUAAAAUUUUUAACAAAAUUAGGGAGAUGAAGCAAACGAGGUAAAACUUGCUGCUGAAAACACCGGAGAUGGUAUUAUUGAUAACUUAUAAAAAAAAAAAUGUUUUGAUAAUGAUUUAAUUAUACGGUCUUAACUGAUUUUAAAAUAUGUUAA